GCCAUUGACGGCCGGUCGCAGCAGCUGAGCUGCCCGUUUGGAAGCCAUUUUGUGUCGUGCAGGAGGGAGGAAUCACGCAUGUUGGCCGACGGAUACAAACGGCCCAACCUGUAAUGCCCCGACCACCACUCUUUCCUUUCCGCUUUGGGACAUGGCAUCCCGUCGCAGGCCUGCGCCAUCGCUGCAACUCCAGAUCAACGCCGGCAGCUGUGCCGAGAUGCUGUUCAGGGAGUGCGAGCGAAGACGGUGCUGCCCGAGACCCCGUGUGCCGCUGUAGGCGGAGCUGUCCCUCCAGAUGCUCGGGCUGUGAGUGACGACAGGCCGCUAGAGCCGUCUGGCACCCCAAGCUUUGGAGCUCAACGGCAAGCCCACCAAGCUCACCUCCACCACCGCAUCACCAGCAGAGACCCCUGCAGCCGCGCCCUGUGCCUGCUAUUCCACCCGCCCAACAUGUCCAAGGGCACCAAGUACCUGCUGGUGUCACUCCCCUCGUCAAUAACGCCCUCGAACCACCAUGACGAAGCCCUCGACGCCCUGCGCAGCACCAUCGGCGGCGACAAUGGCCAGACGUACCCUUUUGCGAUACCCAACUUCAAGAUCGGCACCCUGGAUGCGCUGGUGCAGCAGGCAGACGACCUGGCCAAGCUCAACAACUCGUGCGAGCAGGUCGUCGCCAAGGUGGGGGACAGCUUGAAGACCAUCCUCGACGGGGACGAGGACCGCGUGCAGCAGCACAAGACCAUCAACGACAAGCCUGUUGACCAGUACCUGCGGUCCUUCCAGUGGAACAAGAUCAAAUACCGGGCAGAUAAACCCAUCGCCGACCUGAUAGACUCGCUGCAGAAGGAGAUAGCAGGCAUCGACAACGACGUCAAGGCCAAGUUCUCCCAGUACAACCAAACCAAGACCAGCCUCGCGGCCGCAGAACGGAAACGAACCGGCAACCUGUCCACAAAAUCCCUCGCCACCGUAGUAAACCCCCGCCUCAUCAUCCAAGACUCCGAAUACCUCGAUACCCACCUCAUCGCUGUCCCCAACCUGCAGGUAAAGGACUUCUACAAAUCCUACGAGACCAUAUCCGAAAAGGUCGUGCCCCGCUCUGCCGUUGAAGUCGCAAAGGAUGACGAAUUUACGCUGUUCGCCGUUGUGACCUUCAAGAAGACCUCCACCGACUUCAUACACAAGUGCAGAGAAAAGCGGUGGACACCCCGUGACUACAAGUACAAGGAGGGCGGCAAGGAAGAGGAAGCCAAGGAGGCGAGCCAGCUGGAGCAGGAUGCGAAGAAGCUGUGGGGAGAGGCGUUAAGACUAGGACGCACAGGGUACAGCGAAAGCGCCAUGAUCUGGGUCCACGUGCUGGCUCUGCGCGUGUUCGUUGAGACGGUGCUUCGAUAUGGCUUGCCAUUAGACUUCAUAUGCGGGCUGGUGCAAACAAACGCAAAGGCUGCGAAGAAAGCAAAGACCAACCUCGAUGCAAACUACUCGUAUCUCGGCGGCAAUGCGUUCAACCGUGACAACAAAGGCCGGCCCAAAAAGGACGAUUCCGCCCUUACCAGUGAAAUGCAAGCGCAGGGCCACUUGGGCGAUGCUGAGUACUCGCCUUAUGUGUACUACGAAUUUGAGAUUGUAUAGCCCGUGUACGAGUGCUGAUUGCAUGUGGAUAGCGAAUUCAUUCAGUCAGGGAACGUAUUAUGAGACCGGUCUCUCUGUAGCAAUAGAUGAGUUUUCAUCAUCGUCGAAGCUUCGU